CUCUGCGUAAAAGUGGAGUUAGUUGCUAAUAAAUAUAAAUUACUUUGUUUUCGCUUUGGUUUACUUGAAGAUCGAUAAUCGAGUGUAUUUCCCGAAGAAAAAUGUCACUGAGUGAUUACGAGAGCACCUUGAAAUCGUACAUCCACGACGAUGAUAAGCUGGUUACUUACAAGUGGUUGAGCAAAGAAUUGGAAAUUCACGUUAACGUUGCCAAGGACAUACUAAAACAGUUUUAUGAAAAGUACCAGAGCCGAGGUGACAUUGUUGCUACUUAUCUGCUCAUAGGCCGAUUGAAAGAUGGAUCCAUUCGCAUUGAAGUUGUCCAGGAGUCCAAUUUGGAUGCUGCAAAAAAGAAGUUUGUUACAAUUGAUUGUCAACACUUGUACAGUUUACAGAAGUGCCUACCAGACAUUUCCUUGCUAGCACUUGUUGGCGAUGGGGAUCUUCGUUACAGUGCCAUCAAAUGUGAUGAAAAAUUUCUCAGAGAUGACGAUGAAAUCGAUGCCUUGCGAUAUAUUGGGAAUGUUUCUAAGGGUAUGAACAAAGUAGAAGUGACAAGCAAGCCUGUGAGUAGUAAAGUUCCUGACAAAUCAGCACCAAAGCAAACUAGUUUCUUUCAAAAUAACAAAGAGAAAAAAGCUGAUAAGGAAAAAGAAAAACCCGAGGUAAAAAAGGAAGUUGAAGAAUCCAAACCAGAAGCACAAACAGCAGCAGCAGCAAAAAAAGUGUCGCCUCCUGUCAAAACUAGUGGUGGAAAGAGUGAUAAGGUAUCUAAGAAGCCACUUCACUCGAAGCAAGCUGGAUUUAGUAAUCUUUUUGGAAAAGUGGCAAGCAAGCCAAUGUCUACUGAAUCUAAAAAAGCCUCAAGCAACGAUGAGAAAGAAAAGAAAACCACAGAAAGUGUAGAUAACAAGAUAGAAGUAACCAAAACUAAAGAGGAACAAAAGCAAGUUCAAGAAAAGGAAAAUAAGAAAAGCCACCAAGACAAAGAUGAUAAGAAGCAAUCAUCCCACGAUAAAUCUAAGAGUGCGACAAAAACGGAUAACAAGACUAAUACCAAAACCAAAAGUAAAAGUAGUGCAAGUGAUGCAAAAAGUAAAAAGCGACAGAGAAGUCAAGAAAAAAGUAACGCAUCAAAACGAAAACGAAUCGUUGUAAUGGAUUCAAGUGAAGAUGACUCUGACAAUAGUGAUAACGAACGAGAGGAGGAGCCCAUGGAAAUAGAAGAGGAACCACCAGAACCAGUUAAAAAGAGAUCACCAUCACCACCUGCUGAAAAGCGAGAAAAUGGUAAACGCAUGGUGAGAAAAUUGGUGGAUAAAACUUACUUGGACGAAGAAGGUUAUCUAGUUACAAAGAGAGUACAUGUGUACGAAGCUGUUGAAGACGAUGAGAAGGAGGCAGUUCAAGAACCACCACCCAAGGCAAAGCCAGUGGAUAAUAAAGCCAAAAAACAGACUACUCUCAUGAGUUUUUUCAAGAAAUCUUAAGCCACUACAAUUUUGUUU